GCCAGCUUGGCUGAGAAUGGACGUCUUUCGAAAACUUGGGGUCGCCUUGAGUGACGAUCAACUUGCCAGUGAGUAGAGUGACCAAAACCAACGCUUCGCCUUCAUCGGCAGUUGAUGCCAUUGCAACACAGCAACAGAGCAGGAAGCACAGUUACUGUCCUUGUUCCUCUUCGAUGAUACAUACAUGUAGAGUAUGGCAGGCAGCAAUCUGUUUACCGUGCUGAGAGCUUGUGCUCUGUCAAUGGCGUCUCUGUAUGUGGGGUUUUAUCUGGGAUACAAAGAAGGAGUGGCCGUGACCUCGAGGAUGCUGAGUGAUGGAGGUGUCAUUUGCAGCAAGAGUCAAUCUGUCAAUCAGGAGGAUCAUCUGCAAGCUCCAUUGACGGCAUCCGCCAAUGGGGGAGACAGUGCAUCCACAAGUUGUCCCCCUUGUCCAGAGACUUCUGCCAGUCAAACUACUACUACUUCGACGCCCUCGGAUCCCUUGUUUCCUCCUGGUACGGGUUCCUAUGUGGCGGGCAUGUCCUUGGUGGAUCGCGACGAGUUUUCGACUCAAUUCGAUGAGAUUGGAGUUCCGCUGUCGACGAGUGGCACCAACAACAAUCAAGUCCUCAUUUUGCACGGCAAAAAGUCCAUGCCCAACGACUCGACCGAUCGAUCUCCCAAUCGACACUUGAACACCCAACAAGCUACAGAAAACUGCAACUACAUGUCGCUUGUACUGACAGAACCCAAUCGAUUCGAUCAGUGCAUUGCCAUUAUGGGACAGUACAAUUCUUAUCACAUUUUCAAACACAUGCGCACACAACCCGCGGUACUUCCAGCCGUUCUCAAAAAGGAACUCCCACUGAAACUCGUCAAGCGAGGCAUGGAUGUUCGACCCUUUCAUACCAAGACACCCAAUUUGUCCACUACCAAAACAUACUGGUCCACGACGUUGCAGCCCUAUCUUGCCAAUUAUCAAACGUACCUCGAACGACUCAAACCCAUUGCACGACAAGCCGCUUCCACAAUCUACAAGGAUACCAUCAUUGUCAUGGUCAGUAAUCAUGGACAAUCUGAAAUGCUGGUCAACUUUGUCUGCAAUGCCCAAGCACGAGAUCUCUCCUUGGCGUCGGUUUUGGUGUUUGCCACGGAUCCAGAAACGGAACAACUCUCCAAAGGACUCGGGUUGCACACGUUCUACGAUCAAGAGCUAUUUGCACAAAUACCCAAACAACAUGCCGCACGAUUUGGAGAUCAAACCUACAAAUUGGCCAUUUUCAGUAAACUCUACUGCGUCCAUUUGGUCGGAUUGCUGGGAUACGAUUAUCUCUUUCAAGAUAUUGACAUGAUUUGGUACCGACAUCCGCUGGAGUAUUUUCAUAAUAGCAACAACAACAAACAGCAGCCGUUAAAGUUUGACAUGUACAUGCAAACCGACGGCAACAUGGCGCAAUUCUACGCUCCCUACUCGGGCAAUACCGGAUUCUAUUACGUGCGCAAUUCACAAAUCACACAGUACUUUAUGAAUCACUUUUUGGUCAGUGGCGACCUCAUUUUGAGUACAUCCACCCAUCAGGCACCCUUCUUGACCGUCCUCAGUGAACAUGCAUCGUUGCAUGGGCUCAAGGUCAAAAUUCUAUUGGCGGAUGAAUUUCCGGGGGGAGCCCAUUACAAUCGAGAUUACAAGUACAUGAAGUAUCUCAUGAAUGUCACCCAACCGCCACCUGGAGUGACUAUUGAUCCGUGGAUUUUUCACAUGAGUUGGACGGAGAGCAAGGCCAAUAAAAUUCUGUUUUAUCAACAAAUGGGAGAAUGGUACGUUCAGGAUCAUUGUGUGGGUAGCACCGUGACGGAUAUUCUGGGCCAAGAAGGAGCAGCAAGCACGGUACCAACGGAGACGAUAGAGUUGCCGGCGAGUCCGUUCCGUGGUGGAGCCACACCCCUGACGAAGAAAUGCUGUACCGCAAAACCGAAUAUCAAGUGUCAUUUCCGUGAUACACCCAGUAUUAUUCCGUGUCAUGACUCGCCCGCCAUGAACAAGGGGAGAGAAUCGUUUCAUCCCAUCAAGAAAUAAAAGAGAAUACAGCAGGAUUAUGAGGAAGGUCAAAAGUCAAAUCCAACUACGAGCUGAAACCUUGGAUUGCGAGACCUUGCGCAGGAUGUGGUUGUUACCCGUCAAUCAGCCUUGCCAGAGCACCCGGGGGAGAUGUGAGGCUGCAAAAGUUUGCCAAAAGUUUGCAGCCUCGCCCAGAUCGAACGCAAAUGGCGGACAGACUACAGUACCGUUAGCCUGCAUAGGUGCUUCGACUCUGGAAAACUACCGCGACCCAGUUCUCGACACGGCAGGACGUGUAGGUAUCUACGAGUAGCCAGUUGUAAUGGAAUAUGGCAAAGGGCUUCGAAAAUAGCGCGGACAACUCUGUGAUGU